GGCGGCUGCAGGCGGGAGGCGCAGACGAGCCCCCAGCCCCGCCGGGCCCGCCCCUAAGCGCCGCGGGGCGGCCGUGUGGAGAGGAGGAGCCGCUCGCCCGCCUCCUCCUCCUCUUCCUGCGGCAGCUGCGGAGCGGGAGGCUGCGGCGAGCGCGAUGGCUGCCAACUGCGAGCGCACCUUCAUCGCCAUCAAGCCCGACGGCGUCCAGCGGGGGCUGGUGGGGGAGAUCAUCAAGCGCUUCGAGCAGAAGGGAUUCCGCCUGGUCGCCAUGAAGUUCGUGCACGCCUCUGAAGAUCUUCUCAAACAACAUUACAUUGACCUGAAAGAUCGACCAUUCUACCCUGGUUUGGUUAAAUACAUGAACUCUGGACCUAUUGUGGCGAUGGUAUGGGAAGGCCUCAACGUGGUUAAAACUGGUAGAGUAAUGCUAGGGGAAACCAACCCAGCAGACUCAAAGCCUGGUACCAUCCGUGGUGACUUCUGCAUUCAAGUAGGAAGAAACAUCAUUCAUGGCAGUGACUCCGUAGAAAGUGCUCAGAAGGAGAUCAACCUCUGGUUUAAACCUGGAGAGCUCGUUGACUUCAAGUCUUGUGCACAUGACUGGAUCUAUGAGUGAAAUGAGCUUCCCCAAGGAAUUGUGCCUUCUUAACGUGUCAUCUCAUUCCAGCUAUUGAUCUGGGAGCAAUUAUCACCACGGUUAGCUUAGUCGUUUUUCAGCACUAUCAAAUAAAAGGAUGAUACAAACUAA